CCCUCAACGCAAAGGAGAUAACGGUUCAAUUAAACUCUGGAGCUUUGUCUGCACAACCUGCUGCUCUGUCUGUGUGGAAUGUCACACAAGAAGAUGCUGCAAUGCUCCAUGGGAUCUGUGCUUCUGCUCUUACCCUGGUUUGGUGGCCUGGUCCUGGGAGAGAUCAGCAAGGACUUCUCCCAGUGCUUUGACUUCUUCUAUAAGGAAACUCCACCCACAGGUAUCCCAGCAGAGGGGUACCAGCCAGUAUGCCAGCGCUACCAAAACCAGUACCGCUUUGCAACCCUGUAUCACCGCCAGCAUCGUUCACCUCUGUACUCUGCGUACAAACUCAGUCCUCCAGAUGGCAAGCGGCCCAAACAGGCAUGGAUGUAUGAACCUCAGUUGGCGUUUUCCCGUGGCAGCUCAGAGAUGCAAAUCUUCUCUACCCCCGUGGACCAGAAUGUGAAGGAGAGCCAAGCGGUGAAGGCGGACUACAAGAACUCCGGCUUCACCAGAGGCCACCUCAAUCCAAGCCUGCACCACGAGACGGAACAAGACCGCAGGGCCACCUUUACUCUGACUAACAUAGUCCCACAGCGAGCGCGCUCCAACAACGGACCAUGGACUGUUCUGGAGCAGGAGGUGUUAACAAAAUUCAAGGCCUUCUGCAACGGGACUAUGCAUGUGAUCACUGGAGUCAUGCCGUACGAGUCUGAACCACAAUGGAUCAACAACAGGGUGUCUGUCCCUGAGUACAUGUGGUCGGCCUACUGCUGCCCAUCCUUCAGAUCCGACCUUCCCAUGUCCGAGCAGCGCUUUUUCCCCACGUAUGCUGCAGUGGGAAGGAAUGAUCCUAACAGUGGAGAGGAGUUUGUUCCAGUUAACGUCACAGCGAAACCCUCGGUUAGGGGCUACGAGGUGAGGCGCAUGUCCUUAGAGGAGCUGGAGGACAUCCUGAGACAGAGGCUGGACAUGACCAUCACUCUGUUUAAUGGACAGUGCCAGUAAAUGUCUCUGGCACUGCUGUAUGGCAUUAAAUGGGUGACAAGCCUUCUGGUUAAACAAAAUGAAUAUUAAUUUUCCACUUUGUUUAUACACAUGCCAACACCUCCAAAUAAAAUGGUUGUACAUUUCACACUUUGUACUCUCCGUAUGUACUGCAGCAGGCAGAUGCUGUGCCAGCAGGAUGUUGUAAAGUACAAAUUAUGCUAAGUAACAAGUAACUCUAUGGAAAAACUGUGAAUUUUCUCACGAGGUUUUCUCUUAAUUAGUUAAGAACUUAACCACCUUUACCUGAUAGGGUGAACCAUUCAUCCCACUAUACAAGGCCCAAAGCUGGCUGAUCAUUUAAAUAAACACAAAUAGAUUCAGGACUGUAUUACAUGUAUGCACUAAACUGGAAAACCCAAUAAUCACAUAAAAUAUUAAUGUCUCUAAUGAUGUCAGUUGAUGUUCUAUUUAAUUGCACAUCCUCUACAAACACAUUUUGAUUGAAAUAGUUUUAACCCUAAAGCUUUGGGGACACUUGAAACCAGGAGGGCACUUUGCAUGAUUUGCUAAUGCUAAGCUUUGCUAAAUGGCGUCGAUAUGAAAGUAUUGUAUUUUUAAAACACUAUGAAUAUUAAAUAGUAUAUACUGUAUUUAGCCAAAACAAUAAUAAACUACGAAUAAAUAACAAAACUGAAAAGGUUAAGGACACUUUUGUUACAUCAUUUCUUUGAGCCCUUUUGACUUCCACAACCCAGUAAGUUGU